AGUAAACCUUUGCUUCGAUGUUAUUUGUUUACUUGCUCUUUCGUCUUUUUUAAACUCAUUAUUCAAUUACUUUAGUUAUUAUUUUGUUCUGAAUUUUCAACCCUUAUUAAUUUCAACAGUGUUUUCUAUCACAAUCAAUGCUCAAAGUGUAUAAUCCUUAUCUUUAAAAUGCAUAGUCUAUGUGUUCACAACGCCUAACUCUUUCUUGAAAUCAUUUCUAUAAAAUACCUAAAUUAUUACCUAAAUUCAUUCAUUCUCUAGGCCUUCCAAUCAUUACAUAAUUUGUCAUAAAUAAUUGUGAUGACCCAAAUCAGUUCCAGAUUACUCCUAUGGAGCUAAAAGAGAAAGUGCAAUGUGUCAGUGAUUUUCUUCGACUUACCUUACUGUAAAUAUUUUUAGAUAAUCUUAUUAUCUAAAAUUAUACUCCUAAUCGUUUUCUCUCUUGUUUCUCCCUCUCACCUGUAUUUUCAAUUAAUAUCACUCGAUUAUUCAGUGAUUAAAACUUAUUGUUAAAGACUGAUAUUGUUAAACUAUGGUUGAGGCUAAAUCUAUAUCAUCUAUAACCCUGAUCAAGAAAAACAUCGUUGAUUUCAACGAUGCUAUCGGUUCUUAUAUUGGGACUCUUGAUGAACAUUCACAUAAACUCGAAAAGAUCGAUUCAGAUGGCGACACAAGAUUGCUACGAAGAGAAACUUUUAAAUGUUACAGCACUAUGAAGAAAUUGGACAACCUGCUUAAAGAUUUACAAAAUUUUGAGAAAACAGUACCUUGGGAGGAUUUACCAGAAGCUGCCCAUCUUCACAAUGAAAUUCAAAUGCUUAAGAUUCGUGUAAAUCACUCAAAGGAUUCAUUUUCCAAUCUAGUUGACCAUAAAGUUAUCAUAAAUUCGUCUUCAAGUCAAACACACGCGGAAGAUUACUCAAAAACUUCUGAUGCCAAUAAUGAACCACAACAUGAACAACUGUUGUUACAGCAUGAACUUACUGAAGAUAUAAAUAAGCAAAAAAGUAUUUGCGAAUCAUACUUACAACUUCAACGUGAUAUUCGUGAUCUUGAUAAUACAAUGAAAACUUUUGCUAACAUUGUCGCCAGCCAAGAAGAAACCAUAGACAAUAUCGAAAGUAACAUUGAAACAGCACUUGUUAGUGUCCAUAAUGGAGCAAGAGAACUGUCAAAAGCUGCUAAACUGAAAAGAGCUUUUGUGCCUGUUACAGGGGCUGUUGUGGCAGGAUGUGUUGGAGGUCCAGUUGGAGCUUUGAUGGGUUUGAAAGUUGGGAUUGUGACUGCUAUUGGCUCAGCUAUUAUCGGUUACGGAGGUGGUAAAUUAAUUCAGAAAGUCAGCACCAAACAUAUUUCUGAAGCGGACAAACAUUUAAGCGAAUCUGAGCCUAUUGUUAAUAAUGUGAAAAAAGAGGAUUGAAAAGAUUAUCAUGAAUUGCACAUUGGAAAUGAACAUUGGAAUAAGAGAGUUAUCCAACAAGAAUCUGUAAUACUUAUUUUACUUGACAAAAGUAAACCAAAAAUUCAUCUAUUAUUGUUGACUGUUAAACCAUCUACAUGAUCUGUCUAUCUGUUGUUUAAGAUAAUGUCAAGUUUGUCAUUAUUUUACAGAAAAUUUAAUAUUUUUACCUUAACACCUUUUUAUGAAUGUAUUAAUUAUUCUAUUAGACUGCGAAUAUCAUGCUUUUAAUGUUCUAUUCACAUGAAUAAUCCAUCUCAUGAGUCUUAAGAGUUGUAUAAAAUCAAAAAAAACUUGUAAUUAAUUCCUUUGUAAAUUAUCAGCUCCAUUUUUAAAAUUAUACUACAAAAACUAUCUCCAACAAACAAGGAGACUCAAUUUUAAUGAUUCACUCAAUCAACUGUUUAUAUCGAGCUCAAACAUUUUAAUUCGCAAAAUAUAAUAAUUUGAUUUUUUAGCAAAUAAAUGUUGAUCUAAUCCGA